UGUUUUAGAAACAACAUAAGAUUUAAUUAUCAACUCCUUGCCGAGGAAUAUCAAGAUCUUAAUUACCCUCGAUUACUAGACGCCUUCCGAGAGAUCCUAUUAGCCUUUGAACCUCUGACAGAGUCCUAUACUAGAAUCCGAGCUUUUGCAGUAUUUAUUCAUACAAGCCCGCAGCGCCGAAAGGCCUUUAAGGAUAUUCAAGAAGCUAAUCAAAAGCUACUACUAAUUCAAGAUCAACAAAUCAACUAUCUUCUUUGUCUUACAAAACCUUUUUUUAAUUUUACAAAUACUCUAUCAAAGUCCAAAACUGCUACGAUUCACCAGAAGAAAACUGUUCUUAAGGCUCUCAAAGUCAGUUAUAAAAAGCUUUAUAGAUACUAUCGCCGGACGAUUAAUUUACAGAGAAAUAUCUAUACAAUUAGUACGAUUUUGGCCCCUUCUUAUAAGCUUCACCAAAGAAACAGCCAGCAAUCUAAGUCUCGUCUUUAUCUAAGCUAUUACGCUACCAGAAUCCCCAAGGAAUUCCUUAUAAAUCGACAGAGCUUAAAAACUAUCUCCGAAAUACAAGAACACCAUCAAGAGUAUCCCGUUCUUGCUCGAAUCGCCCGUAAUACACUAGCAAUCCCAGCAACAGGAGCAGGAGUUGAACAAAUGUUUAAUUAUGCUCAAGAUAUCUGCCAUUAUCGACAUAGAUCUCUAAAGGAGAGUACUAUCAGCAAUCUUAUAAUAUAUAUAUAUACAUCUAAUUUUAAAUCGAAAGCAGAUCUUAAGUAA